AUGCGGCGCCGCCUGUACAGACAGGUACUCCUGCCGGCGGUGGCAUACGCGUCCCCCAUAUGGUGGUCGCCGUCAUCUGACUGUAGGCUCAAGGCCCGCAUGAUCACGGUACAGCGCACUAUGCUGCUGGCGAUCACGGGCGCGUAUCGCACGACACGCACGGCCGCGCUGCAGGUGCUCGCGAACCAGCCGCGCAUCGGGCUGGAGCUCGAUAGACUCAAUGCGGAGUUCGAACUGUUCCGCAUGCGACGAACGGUCACGUUCGGCGCGCACGCCUUCGCGCCGGACGAGACGUAUCCGCAUGAUGCCUGGGGCGCCCACCCGUCGGAGGCGCGAGGGUUCCCCUUCGAGCGGCUUGACGUCUCAGCGGCUCGCGCGUGGUCGUCCGUACCAGGCACGCAUGUGUACACCGACGGCUCCCACACGUCGAGGUCCGCGGGCGCGGCGGUGGUGGUCUUGAAGCCGCGGGGCUCGAUCGUCGCCGUGCGCAAAUAUCGCCUCACGGUCGCCUCGAGCGCAUACUGCGCCGAGGUGGUUGCGCUGAUCGAGGCACUGAAUUACCUAAAAACACACGCGUGGGUGCCUCCGGCGCAUAUAUACGCGGACAACCUGUCGCUGCUCGCCGCGCUGUGCCACGUAACAACCAGGGACACGCGAAUCACGAGCAUUAAGAGCGCGCUGUACCGGCUACAGAGGCGGGGCGCCAUAUCCCUUUUCCACGUGCCCGCCCAUCGGGGCGUUUUUGGCAAUGAGCUCGCGGACAUUGCGGCGAGCUCUGCGGCGACCUCGGGAGUGGACCGAAGGUCGCACCGGUCCUUCAGGGUCGUGAGAGCCGCGUUCUCGGCUGCAGUGCGAGCGCGCUGGGCCGUGGAGUGGCGCGGGGAGCACUCCGACACCGAGUUGUAUAAGUGGUGGUGGUACCGCCCUGGAUAA